UGACUCUAUGACAUCGAUACAUUAUCAAUAUCUAGUAGGAUUGACAACAGCAAGCGCAAUUAUAUCGGAAACUUGUGCUGUCAUAUGGAAAAAACUUUGUCCUUUGGUUCUCCCAUCGACUAUAAACACUGAAGAAUGGCUACGUAUUGCUAAAACCUUCAGCGAUACUUGGAAUUUUCCUCAUUGUAUCGGAGCCAUAGAUGGAAAGCAUAUAGUUAUUCAAUGUCCCAAUAAUUGUGGAUCUAUGUACUAUAACUACAAAAAUAGCCAUAGUCUAGUAUUAUUAGCUGUUUGCGAUGCCAACUAUGUAUUCCGGUAUGUGGAUAUAGGUGCUUAUGGGCGAAGAAGUGACGGAGGCAUCUUUAAAGAUUCUAUAAUGGGUACAAAGUUGGAAAAUAAACAAAUGCGUAUUCCAGAAGCAGCACCUAUUUCAGAUGAAAGAGAGACACCCUUACCAUAUUGCAUUGUUGGUGAUGAGGCGUUUCCACUGAAAACGUACUUGCUUCGUCCAUAUCCUGGAAAACAGAAACUUACACCGCAAAAACGUAUUUUCAAUUACCGUUUAAGUCGUGCUAGACGAGUAAUUGAAAAUACUUUUGGUAUCUUGGUCAACAAAUGGCGCAUUUUUCGUAAACCAAUAAUAGCGAAUAUAUCCAAUACAACGCGUAUAAUACAAGCAUCUAUAGUUCUUCAUAAUUGGUUGCGUAAAGAUGAUCUGAGUAAUUGUUCAAAUCUUUCGUAUGUUGAAUCACACUUAGUUGAUAGAGAUUCUGAAAAUAGAUCCGUUGCAUAUACUUGGGAAGAUGAAGGUACGACGGCAUUUUCUGACAUUACUCGUGCCGGUACUAACACAAGCACUCGAACAGCAAUGGAAGUACGAGAAGAAUUUUGUGCCUACUUUAAUAACGAAGGUGCCGUUAGUUGGCAGAAUGAUUAUUUGUAAACUAUAUUAUAUUAAUAAUUAAUAAUUUUUAAAAUUUUCAGUAAUUGUACAAGAAAAUCGUGUACUACAAUUUCAAGACAUGAUAAUAAAUAAUAAUAAUUAAUAAGUUUAUUUUUUUAUUUAUUUAGAAUUAGUGAGCUCAGUAAUUCGAGACAAUUAAUACAACUUAUAUAAUAGAGAUAAAAAGUUUUUAAGAAAACUAAAAUAACAUUCAACUAAAAUAACAUUCUUCAACAAAUCUAUUAAGUAACAUACAAUGUGACUAACAAAUAAAAAUAAGACUGAGCAUUCUGUUUCUUUUUGGUUUUGUUUAUAUAAUACUUUAUAUAAUAUUUUUAAGUUUUAAUAUUUUAUGUAAUUUUAUAAAUUGUUUUAUAAUUUAAUAAUGAUAAAAUAUUUGUUACGUUUUAUAAAGUUAAUAUUAAUUUGUAUCUUUCUUUUUUUCCUUGUGAAUAUAUAUAUGGAUAU